AUGGGCGAUGAGCCGGUAGACUUCCCAAAUAGGAAGUCAAAUGGUUUCACAGGUGGUGCUGUCCAAGUUCUUAUAGGUCAACCAUUUGAUCUUGUUAAAGUUAGAUUACAAACUGGUCAAUUUGAUUCUCCAAUAACUGCAUUCACUUCAACUUUAAAGAAUGAAGGACCAAAAGCUUUUUAUAAAGGUACAUUAGCUCCAUUAAUCGGAGUUGGUGCUUGUGUUUCUGUACAAUUUUAUGCGUUCCAUGAGGCAAGACGUCAAUUAUUGAAAAAAUUUGGUGAACCAGGUCAAAAAGAAUUAACUUUAAAACAAUUUUAUUUAGCUGGUGCAUUUGCAGGUAUUGUUAAUACUCCAAUCACAGCACCUGUUGAACAAUUAAGAAUUAUAUUACAAACUCAACCAUCCGGAGCUAAACAGAUAUAUAAAGGUCCAAGAGAUGUUCUUUCCAAGAUUUAUCAAACUCAUGGCCUUAAAGGUAUAUUUAGAGGGUUUAAUGUAACUUUAAUUAGAGAAGCUCAAGCAUAUGGUGUUUGGUUCUUAACAUAUGAAUUUUUAAUUCAAAAUGCAUUAAAUUCAAGAAAUGGAAUCAAAAGAGCAGAUAUCUCUACACCAGAAUUAUUAUUAUACGGUGCAUUAGCAGGAGAUGCCCUGUGGUUAUCUUCAUAUCCAUUAGAUGUGAUCAAGAGUAGAGUUCAAAGUGAUGGAUUUGGUGGUAAUGCAAAAUUUAAAAAUUCAUUAGAUGCAGCAAAGCAAAUUUGGAUUUCACAAGGUGCAUUGGGGUUCUGGAGAGGUAUUGGGCCUGCUCUUGUGAGAGCUAUCCCAUGUAGUGCUGGUACAUUUGCCACUGUGGAACUCACACUCAGACUUCUUGGAUAG